AUGGAGCUCAAGUGCGCCUUAGUGUUAACCUUCGUGGGUGUAGUGGCAUCCAGUCCUUAUAAUAGCUAUGGCGUUAAGGGCGGCGCGGGGGCUAAAGCUAGGAAGCAAACAGGCGCUUCUCAAAGCGGCCUGGAGACUGGUAGUUUCGGGAAUAAUGGAAACGGCAAUCAUCUCAAUGCGGGAUCAGCAGGAACUGGAAACCAUUCGCCUUAUAAUUCGCUGAAUGGAGGUGGAAGUGGAUCACACGCAGGCGCUGGAGCAUACGCAGCUGCCGGGGCUGCAGCUGGCGCAUUCAACUCUGGAAAGAACCAUGACAAUGGUGGACAUAGUGGAUGUGGUGGCGGUUGCGACGGAAGCGGAGGCAAUGGCAGCAGCCCGCAUGGAAACUUGGCGCUAAGUAACAGCGGUGCCGUUGCAUCUGCGAAGAGUCUCGCAGGAGCUACGAGCGGGGCGUACAACCAAGCUGGCAGCUUUGCGAGCAGUUCCGCAAGCGCGCAUGCUUCUGCCGGAUUCCCCACUAAAGGAGGUUACGGAAGAAGAUAACUUUAAUUGCUUCACGAAAAGACUCCAUAUUGGGCAAGCUGUUAAUAAGGCACCCAAGGCCUGUGUGACGACCUGAUUUAAUUUUAAUCAUUAACUACUAUAAUAAUUGUUUAAUCAUUAAGAUAUCUGAAUACGGACUUAUUGUGAUAUUUAAGUUAAAGACUAACCAACUGAGAUUGUAAGCAAUUUGGCAUCUAUUUUUUAUUUAAGAUUAGGAUUAUUUAAUUAUCAAUGUAAAGCGCAUGUUUUAUAUUUUCGUCUAUGGCAAAGUAAAAAUGUCAAUAAAAUACAAGUCUUUGCCACCUCUAGUACAGAACAGAAGUGGCAAAAGCAAGUAUUUUAGAGCAACAGUGUAAUCUUAAAUACUUAAGUGCCUAGACAGUAUUUCGUGUAGGUUUGCCGACCUACCGCCACAUCAAAGAGUAUUAACGCUAUAUUUUAACGUUUAGCCAUAUAGUGUUUUAAGUACAAAAUAAUUUGGAUACUUAGUACGUAGGUAUUUCAAAACUACUUAGAUCAUAAUUAUUCAAUAAAAUGAGUUUUCAAACACCGUUUUA